AUGAUAAAGAACGAGAAUGACUGGCUAGAUAAGGAGAGGGUGCUCUCUUUAGACGAGGAAGAGCUUCUAUGGAAACAGCAACAGCUUCGACGCCAGAAGAAGAGUCGUCGACUUGAGGAGGAAUUAGAGGCAGAGGAACGAUUCCUAAGAAAGGAACGCAGGAUUAUGGAUCAAGAGAAAAAGGAAAUACAGAGCAGAAGGGAGGCUCUGGAAAGGGAUAGGGAUGAAGCUUCUUCAACUCCGUUGUUCAGGGACUCAACCACGCGAAUCGACCUUUUCUGGUGGCUAGACCACAACGAAGAGCAGGAAUGGGCACUUGAGUGCCUCCAAUCUCUUCAGAAACUUGAUCCACACAACGUGCGUCGGCCAGUACAGUCCAACAUGGUUAGAGGCUAA